UCCUUCAAUUGUAUAUAUAUGAUUUAUUGUGUCUCAACGGGCCGUGGCGGUGGCACAUUGCAAAGAAUCUGAGAUAUGGCAAUUUCAUUUUCUCGACUCGGAAGUUCCAUUCCCUUCUCCGGCCUGUUCAGACAACUGGAGCAAGAGAUGGAAACUGUCAUAAGGGUUUUGCAGCCUGGACCUCUGGGAAUUAUUGAACACAAGUUUUCUGCUGAGGAGAUGCGCCGGGCACAAUCCACUGUUCGGGAAGCAGUUAAUAAUUGGCGACGGAAUACAAUUAUUGAGAAACAAAGCAGUAUUUCAAGUAACCAUAGCUAGGAGAGAAAUUGUUUCUAUAGUGAUCUUCAAAAACAUCUUGUAUAAUUUCUUUAUUAGAUUCUCAAUAAAAUUAGAUCAAACGGUGACAUUCACUAAAAAGUAAGAAAUUGUUAAUACUAUUGAGCCUUCAGGUUAUUAUAAUUUUUUUUGAAGGAAGUUUUUUGGGCCAUCCAAACUAGGUUGAAAGAAGCGUGUAGCAGCUACGGACAUGUGGAUCUUUUCCUUUGUAAAUUCUGUUAGUAACACAUUGUAACGAAAGGACACAUCUGAAGAGAGUGAUGAAGACUGUGAUGUAAGGGAGGGAAGUAGUUAGUCAUAUAGCAGGGAAGAACUUGAGACUUCGAACUUCAUUUGGAGUGCACUUGAAUGUAUGGUGGUUUUUUUUAAUUCUUCUUUGUAAAUUCAGACCUCCCAUCAAAUUCACUUCUCUAAAUCUAUAAGAAUC